ACUAGGGAAUGCUGGGAACUGUAGUUUAUUGUGGCACCAGAGCGCUCUCUGACAGAGAAGGCUAAAUGUCUAAAGCAUUGGGCUACAGUUGUUUAACAGUUGUUAAACCAGUUGCUAUAAACUGAACCUGCUUCAUUAGUUCUCUAACAAAAUCUGCUGCAAUGAAUCAACAUCUUUGCCAUCUUCUAUGAUAAAACUUCACCGUUUGCCCAGUUUGCAAGGACUUAGAUCCCAGUGAAUUCAUGCUAUCAACAUGGAUAAGCCUUCUCUUCCUUGGCUGCAAAGAUGUGAUAAAACCUCUCGUCUCCUUCUGUGCACAUUGAUGUCUGGACCUUGUGGGGCCUUGGCUGCCUUCCGAUCCCUUCAACGCUCACAGUCCACAGAAGAGGGAAGGCAGGGCUUCAACUGGCAGAUUUUCACUGAGUACUUGUGUUCUCAAGAGCCUGUGCUCAAAGGGCCAGAGCAGACCCUUAUCUUAAAACCAUUGCUAUUGUUGCUUCCAGUUUUGUGCCAGAGAAAUCUCUUUUCCUUGCUGCUUACAGUAGAGUCUGCAGUUCCAAAAGACUGCCUCAACCGUCUUCUUCAGGCCUCUAGGCUGGAUUCCAGUCCAGAUCUAUGGGUGCAAAGAAUGAGAGAUUUACUACAGAUGGGACUGGAAGAGAAGAGUGCUUCGACACCAGGCUUGUUAUCAAGUGUCUGUGAACAGCAGCUGAAAGAUCUGUGCCAGAAGGUUAUGGCUCAUCAUAGCAAACCUAUUUCACAAAGAAAGCUAAGCUGGUUUGUUAAACAGACAGAUCCCUGCUUAGAGCCUUGUGGAGAUGCUCUUGUUUCUGGGUCUCAGAUGAGGAAAAACAAGAAAGCUCUUGAGGAAACUCUGACUCCUGAAGAAGAAAGACAGAGAAAGAGAUUGCGUCUGGAUGCAGAAGGGGAUAGAGACUUUUUAAAAUCAUAUACUGUACUGCAGGGAGUUGGUGUGCCUAGCACAGGGAACGAGCUCAUGAUGGAAGUUUCUGGAAGUGAUGAUGUUCACAGUCUGAGUGACAAUGUUUGUCAAACUGCACCUAAGGAGAAUGCAAUAGAGACAGGAGGUGAAAAUCAGAAUCCUUCACAGGAUGCAGCAGCCAAGGUUCCUGAUCAUAUUAAGGUGCAUGUACCAAAACUUAAGGAACAGCUACAGUUGCAGUUUGAUCAUUUGGGUGGGACUCCUCCUCCUGAGUUGCAGAUUCUGAAUGAAUGUACUCCAAGCCAGUUGGAAGGUUUGUGCUCGUUACUGCAGCUCUCAGAGUGUCUAGAGAAUGAACUCCUGCAAUUCUGCACUUGGUUAGUGGCACUCUCACCUGAUCUCAGCUAUAGUAAUGCAGCAGUACUUGUUGCAAAGCUUUUCCUACCCCGGAUUCUCUUGCUGACUGACCCAGCCUCUUGGGCUCUUAUAACUGCCCUGAUGAUGUUCUGCUCCAAGUAUGCUCGCCCUGUCUGUUGCACCUUGAUAUCUUCAAUUGUACAAGCUCCAGAAAAAGGCCAUGAGCAGAUAAAGGUAGUGUGCAAGCUAAUUGAAGAAUGUUUGGAGCCUGAGUAUGUGAGACUGGUAUUCAGCCACAUUAUAGAGGUCCCAUGGUCAGAAGAUCUCCUUACAAUUGUGCAUUCUUUGCUGGGAAGACAGGUAGAAUUGUCCACUGAGUUCUUCAAUGUUUUGGUUUUAAAUCUUUGUCAGAUGGCUCAGGAAUUUGCCACAUCAAUGCAUUAUGCAAAAUUGAUUCUGACAGUGCUGACCAAAUAUCAAAAAAGCAUUACAUUGGCUCAACAUCAUCGUUUGUCUUGUGCUCUCGACCUCAACAAAACAAUGUUAAAGAAGUCUCUCCAAGUUGCACUGAAGCGAGUGACUUCUGGAUGAAAAACAUUCCAGAUAAAAAAUGGAAUGCUUUUUCUAAAGGGGAAAUGUAAGAAGAUGACCAUAUUCUUCAGUGAUGGUUAACUGCAAGAUGGGAAUGACUGAAGACAGUUUUCAAGGUGGAAGAAUCAAAAGAGCCUAUGUCUCUUGAACCAUUGUUUGCCUUGCUUCACAUAUAUGACAAAAAUGUCAGUUAAAGGAUUUGAGGUUUGAGUACUUUCAUGAUUCACACUGGAUGUAUGCACUGUCUUAGUUGCUGUAAUGUAGGAUUUUAUAUAUUAUUUAUUGAAUAUAAACAAAAAUAGGACAUGUAAACAGUGGGUGUGGCAGAUCCUUAAAUUGCUGGGGCCAACAGGUGUGUCUGCCUCUUAGGACACCUUGAGACAGCUGAGCUAUCUGUUUACAAGGGGCUGCUCCAGACCGGGCAAAUGUGAUGGGAAGUUGUAAUAUUGAGUGCUGUUAAUUCUUUUAUCUCCAUCUAAAUGAUGUUUCCGUUUUCUCAGAUUAUUUUCAGGCAGUUCCCAGUGCCAACUGCACAUUUUAUUCCAUCCUGAAGUGGCUUUCUUUUUGUUCUACUAUGUCUGAAAAUUAAAAAAUAUUCUCCUUUCUCUUUUUAAUUUUUUUAAUUGUAGCAUAUAGUAUAUCAGUUAAAUGCCACUUUUACUCUGCAGCACUGCACUUCUUAAGAUUUUUUUUUAAAUCAGGAGAAAAAAUUUCCUUUAAAGCAUGGGACAGCUUCAAGAAAUCAUGGUCCUUAUUUCCUAAUAAAAAAUCCAUUUGGAAGAACGUUAGUGCAAGUCCAAAAAAUUUCUACAGCUACCACAAAGAAAUGGAGCAAGUGGAGGCAAAAGUGACAACAAAUGGCAAAACCCAAGGUGCUAUAGUGAGAGACCUCAUGCUUUUUUAGAACAGUUUAAAAGAUCUCAAGGCUGAGAUGAAUUUGAAUAGCCCUACUAAUAGUGAGGUACAGAUGGAAUUAGUAUGAUGAGAGCCAAAGGCUUCCCACCUUUGCACUAAAAUAAGGCAAUGAAGAGUUGCAUUCAGAAGCAAAAGUGCAGUACUUAUACUGGUGAAACACAGGAUACAUGCACUAAAUAGAGGAUAAUGGAGGAGACAGCUGGGGAGGUCCAGGGAAAGGUGCAGAAGGUGUUGCUUGUCCACAGACAUAAUUUUGCUGUUACCAAUAAAAGAAGAUAUGUAACACCAAUUCAGCUCUAGUGCCAUU